CACGCACACACGCAGACUCUGACACACACAUAUCUGCACACACACAUACUGGCUGCCCAUGCCAGAGCCUGCUUGCCUGCCUGCGCUCUCAGCUCAAGCCCUCUUAAAGCUGUUUUUGUGCUGGAGAUCAGUGAGAGCGCUCAGUCUAACGACACACAGCUGCUGCUGCUGCUGAAGACAGAGGAAGGACUGAAGAGGACAGAGGGAGUGGAAAAGGAGGAGGAGAAGGAAAGAGGAGAGGAGACAAGCACAGGGGGAAAACAAACCACCAGCAGCCUUUCAACUUCUCUCUCUGCCUCUCUUUCGCUCUCUCUCUCCCUCCUGUGCACUUUGUCUGCCCUUCAUUCCUUAGGUAGUGUUUGCCGGUGCAGUUCAGGACCCGGGGGAGUUUUCCUUUUUUUCCCUCAGGGGAGAGGAAAAGAAAAGCCAGGGAAGAGGGAAGAAGAGGAGACGAGGGGUUGGAGUUCACAUGACAUAAUCGGAGUGAAUGGGUUGCCAUGGUGACUCACACAGGGAGCCUGACCCGUGGAGAGUGAAUGGAGGGAGCGCCUUGGCCACCAAGUGAACGAUAAACUAACGGAGGGGAGUCACCAGAGAGAGAUAGAGAGAGAGAGAAGGGAGCAAAGGAGUGGUGGAUAACAGAGGAACGGCACAGAGGUCGAGAAUGGAGGACGGGUUUUCCAGCUACAGCAGCCUGUAUGACACCUCCUCCCUGCUUCAGUUCUGCAAUGAUGACAGUGCGUCAGCGGCCAGCAGUAUGGAGGUGACUGACCGCAUCGCCUCCCUGGAGCAGCGGGUGCAGAUGCAGGAGGACGAGAUCCAGCUGCUGAAGUCCGCCCUGGCCGACGUGGUGCGCAGGCUCAACCUCUCUGAGGAGCAGCAGGCCAUGGGCACACGCAGGGGGCCCACCAAAGACCCCGCUUUGAUGAGAAAGUCUCCCUCAGCAGACAGCAAUGUUGGGAAGCCAGCCAGGCCAAUGAUUGCCACCCUGCCAUUACGACCCACAGUAAACAACGGGACGGUCCUACCAAAGAAAGGCAGCGGCACUCUGCCCUCCCCGUCUGGAUCUGGGUCCAGGAAGGACGCCGCCACGCCAGCCAACAAGAAGAUGUCCACUCUGUCCUCUGUGUCUGGCCCAGCCAGAAUUUCCUAUCUGCCCCUCAGCACUGUGAGGAGAGCCAAUUCCAACGAGCACGUGGGGACUCUCACACGGAAAGACUCAGGCGACUCCAAGGGCAACCGAACCCGCGCCGGCUCCACUGGCAGCAAUUGCAGCGGCAAACGAAGUGACAGCAAACAGAGGGAUCCCGUUUUCAAUGCAGGGAUGCGGCGUGUGACCCACUGCAAAGAGGAAGGUUAUGUGAAAAUGUAUUUGAAGGGUCGUCCCAUCACCAUGUACAUGCCCAAAGACCUGGUGGACAGCUACUGCCUGGAGGCCAGAACCGAUCUGCCCAGCAACAAGCUCAAACUGGACUGGGUCUACGGGUACCGCGGCCGAGACUGCCGCUCCAACCUUUAUUUGUUGCCCACUGGGGAAACGGUGUAUUUCAUCGCCUCGGUGGUGGUCCUGUACAACGUGGACGAGCAGCUGCAGAGACACUACACUGGACACACAGACGAUAUCAAAUGCCUGGCUGUCCACCCCGAUAAAAUCACCAUAGCAACCGGGCAGGUGGCAGGCACCUCUUCUGAUGGCAAACAGUUAGCCCCUCAUGUGCGCGUGUGGGACUCUGUCAGCCUCAACACCCUCCACGUCCUGGGCGCAGGCUUCUUUGACAGAGCCUUGGUCUGCCUGGCUUUCUCCAAGUCGAAUGGAGGGAACACGCUGUGUGUUGUAGACGACUCCAACGACCACGUCCUAUCUGUGUGGGACUGGCAGAGAGAAGACAGACUAGCUGAGGUCAAGUGCUCCAACGAGUCGGUGUUUGCAGCCGAUUUCCACCCAACCGACAGCAACAUCAUAGUGACAUGUGGCAAAUCCCAUCUUUACUUCUGGAGCCUGGAGAAAGGCAUGCUGGUCAAGAAACAAGGACUGUUUGAGAAACAGGAGAAGCCCAAGUUUGUGUUGUGUGUGACUUUUGCAGAAAACGGUGAUGCCAUCACUGGAGACUCUAGUGGGAAUAUACUGGUGUGGGGGAAAGGCACAAACCGGAUCAGCCAAGUCAUCCAAGGAGCUCAUGAGGGCAGCAUCUUUGCUCUGUGCAUGCUGAGGAGUGGCACCUUGGUGUCUGGAGGGAAGGACCGCAGGCUCAUCUCAUGGGACGGCGCCUACCAGCAGAUACAGACGGUGGAGGUUCCCGAGUUGUUUGGUCCCAUCCGGACGGUGGCCGAGGGGAGAGGGGAGAGCGUGCUCAUCGGGACCACAAAGAACUUUGUGUUGCAAGGCAGUUUGGACGGAGAAUUCACGCCCAUAACACAAGGCCAUACUGAUGAGUUGUGGGGUCUGGCGGUCCAUCCCUGGAAGCCCCAGUUCCUAACCUGUGGCUACGACAGGCAGGUCAGCCUCUGGGACUCCAGCUCCCAUCAGCCCAUCUGGACCAAGAACAUGGAAGACGCCGCCCAAUCAGCAGGCUUCCACCCCUCUGGAGCUGUAGUUGCCAUAGGAACACAGACGGGCAGGUGGCUGGUGCUGGACACUGACACUAAGGAUCUGGUCACAGUCCACACAGACGGAAACGAGCAGCUGUCUGUUAUGCGUUAUGGGACAGACGGUAACUUCCUGGCCAUCGGUUCCCAUGACAACUACAUCUACAUCUAUGCUGUGGCGGAAAAUGGGAGGAAAUACAGCCGAGUGGGGAAGUGCUCGGGUCACUCGAGCUUCAUCACCCAUUUGGACUGGUCGGUGGACUCUCAGUACCUGGUAUCAAAUUCAGGAGACUAUGAGAUACUCUACUGGAUUCCAUCAGUGUGUAAACAGGUGGUGAGUGUGGAGACCACCAGAGAUAUCCCCUGGGCCACCUGCACCUGUACUCUGGCCUUCCAGGUAUUUGGCUUGUGGCCCGACGGCUCAGAUGGGACCGACAUCAACGCUGUGUGCAGGUCCAAUGACAAGAGCCUUCUGGUUACCGGAGACGAUUUUGGGAAGGUUCACCUCUUCUCAUAUCCCUGUUCACAGUUCAGGGCUCCCAGCCAUGUUUAUGGCGGCCACAGCAGUCACGUGACCAAUGUGAACUUCCUGUAUGAUGACAGUUUUCUGGUGUCGACAGGAGGGAAGGAUAUGAGCGUGAUGCAGUGGAGGAUAGUCUGAGUUUUGGGACAGAAAUAUUUACCGUCGGCCACCUACUGUUACCAUGCGCUGGGACUCAGCUGAACCAAGUGAACUGCACUAGACUGAACCGAACCAAACUCAAAGUAAAUUAAUUCAGACGCUCAAACAGUGGAUCAAGCAUGACUGAACUGAACUGAACUGAACUGAACUGAGAGCUGAGCAAAAGUGAAAUGUGACUCGACAGAGCAGGAACCUUGUCCAAAAGGUUUUGUUCCUGCUCUGCACUCAGAUCCCAAAUGAGAUGAAGCGUUGGAGGUGUAAGUGCGGUUGCUUGAAUUACAGUAAAUCAGAAUAUUGCUCCUUUUCUUUUUUCCACUCUACAUAUUGAAAAAAAAAUCUCUCUCUCACUCACUGUGCAUGCCAAUGAUACAAGACAAAACAAAUCAAACGGAUCAAAUCCAACUAGACAGAACCAAAGGCUCUGACUUUCAACUGCAACUGUACAGAUUGGCUUUCACUGUUCUUGUAUUGUGAACAUCCCUGCUACAGACUCUGGACUGAAGAGGUUUAUUUUCCUGCCUAUCAGAACCAUUCCAGCCUGAAUAUCAUUGCCAUGAAGAGGAUGAAUCACUCGCAUAUUCUCUGUGGUUCCCAACACGUAGUUGGAUGAUCCAAGAGCAGUGGAACAAAAACUGUGUAUGGAAAGAUUCAGCAGGCAGAACAUAGUGAUUUUCUAAUUGUUGAAGUUUAUUUUAUUUUAUAUUUAACAACUCAGGAAAGCACUAGUCAAACAGGAUUUGAAGUCCCUGUUAUUAUUAUGAUUAACAAAGACAUAUCAGAAUGAGUCUUUUUCAGCCACAAUGGCAUGACCCUGCCUCGCUAAAACAUACAGAGCUAUUGACCAUAACUAAUAUAUUCAAUUAUUAUUCAACCAUUAAUGAUUUACUUGUGUUGGCCAAUACUAACUAGAUAGUCAGCGCACAUAAAUUGGGAUCUGCAUUAGAUACAGCAACUAAAAUGAAGGAUUGAAACAUACUGUAUGUCAUUAUGUUGAAUACUGUAGAUCCAGCCCCCAAAAACAUGUUACUUAUCCCAGCACACACACCUUUAUCUGCUAAAUGGGAGACACACGCUCUCCAUUUGGCUUCCAGCAUUUUACCACAGUGUUACCUUCCAUGAUGUUUGAUGAAAAAGAAUUUAUGGUGCUGAUUAAUCACAUUCUGAGUACAGCAUUAAGAAUUUAACCUGUUUCAACAAUAUUAUUUGGUGACGUUCCUACUGUUUGUGCUUCCAGGUCUUUAUAGCCAGAAAGGCGCCUUUUAUCAUUAUUUAUUGAUCAUGGGCUUCAUCCUUUACUGCCGACUUCACUUCUUUUUUUUUUUUUUUUUUUUUUUUUUUUUGAGUUUUAUCUUUUAAUAAAAACCCUGUGUUGUCCUAGAUGUGUAAAUAGACUGAGAGGUUUGAAACAGAUAUGGGCAAAAUGUAGGCAUGUGUAUUUGAAACAGCCACAUGUUUGGAAUAACUUGUGAUGUGCUUGAUUUAUUUUGCCCAGGCAGGAAUAGCUGCAAAGAUCACCAAACAAAAUCAAGCACGUGGUGAGCGCCUCCAUCAUGUGAAGCUGUUUCAGAUCCGUAUCUGUACUCUGCCCAGAUCGGUUGAAGGAGGAGUAGAGAUCAGACCGUUGCACUGUAACUGUUUACUUCUGAUGUGUUCCUCGGUGGUGCACCGUCAGCCACUGAUAAGAUGAAAAAAAAUGAACCUACCCAAGCUUUGAGGAUAGGUGUCUCUUAUAUUAUGCACUGCUUCAGUCUGAUAAACCUACAGCAGGCCUAUAUCAACAGUAUGAACAAGCAAAUCACCAUUAAGCACUUAGUGAAGCUUUCCACAAGCCAAAUUCCUCUCACGUUAAUGAUAUCUUCAACCUUCCAUUUUAUGCAACAGCAAGUCAGAUCUAUACAGUAAUUAAGACCUCUCCUCGUGGUUAAUAGGAGGCCAAGAGUGCUGAUGCAUGAAUAAGCCUGGUUUAUUUUUAAGGGAAGCUAUUUGACAUUUUAACAAUUGGGAUUAAACAGAUUUGAGUACGACCAUGACUAUCAUUAACACGAGGUGUAAUUUCCAUUGUUUUGCUGGCUUGUCAGGAAAACCACUUGGCCUCUGAUGACAGUGAUAUGACGUCACCACUCAAUAGAGUGAAUGUAAACUGAUUUGUUUUACCGCGGGAUGCCACUGAACACUUACCACUUUGUCUGACAGUAAAUGCAAACAUGAAAGUUC